AUGUCUCGCAAGAAAUCGCAUAACAAAGCUUCCUCUGCGAAGGCUCCUGCGCCGAAACCAGCGCGCGACCAGUACCACCAUAUCAUUCCACGCUUCAUCCUCCGCAGAUAUCAGGUCGGGCCUGCUCUAUCGAACGUCGAGCGAAACAAGGCCUUCCAGCGCGACGGCUUCAUACCUGAGUAUGUCCUCUUCUUCGACAUCGCCACGAACACGCUCGACACGCGUCUGCUCGGCGAGGUGUACGGCGCCAAGAAUCUGUACCGCGACAUCAGCAACGCGGACGACGUCAACCAUAUCGAGACGAAGCUGGCGCAGCUCGAGCAGCGCGCGGCCACCUCCAUAGCCGACAUCCACAAGUCCAUCCCCUCCGGCAAGUUCACCCUCACGCGGGCCGAGCUGGAGAACCUGCGCAAGUUUCUCUUCGUGAUGCACAUCCGCAACGUUCAGUGCUCGCAGAACUACUUCAACAAGGAGCUGAACCCCGGGUCGGAUAGGUUCAUAGAGGCGUGGGGCAAGAAACACGGAGCGCAUACACCGGUCGACAUGUGGAUUCAAUUUAUCCGCUAUCUUGUGGACACGCCCCAUGGGCAAAUACUCUUGGACGGUGGCGAGCUGACCAUGAAGGGUCUUCCCGACGUCGAAACCCUACAUGCUCACGAGAAUGCUCAAGCCGUUGCGUACGAGCAGCAGGCGAACUGGUACUAUCUGGGAGUGUGGGAGGCUGCAAGCACCGACGAGUUCGUGCUCACCUCGUCAUCUUUCGGACUCUGGGAAGGCUUCCUCAUACCCGAACGGCAGUGCUACGUGCAUCGCCUCUACAUCUUGAGCCCAAGAUUGGUCGUUGUCCUUCGACUUUGCCAGCUGCGUCCUGAAUCGCCCGACCGCGCCUCAGUCCGCUCUAUGUGCCGGAGCGACCUCGUCGACUUGCCUCUUGCGCCCGCGGAGUCAACGUAUACAGGCCCUCCACUGCGAUUCACGGACGAGAAUGAUAUGCAAGAAUAUCUGCGCUCAAAAGCGUUCUCCGACUAUAAAAUGUCUCCCGCCGGCCAACGGGAUACCUACGCGUUCAAGUUCAAUAAACUCACACCUGAACAAACCUUGGCCGUGAAUCGAACCAUCCUCGAGAAUACUCGGGCCGAUGGAUCGCUCACCUUCGCUUCCAAGAGUCUCAUGGCGCGCACCCUUCAAUUAUACCUCCGCGGCGUGCGCUGCUGGGACGAGCACAGGGACAGCUACAAGGUGCUGCUCGAAUGUUUGGUGCAGCGGCCUCGACAUAACCCGUGUCAAUCUCUAGACGACGGACCCCUCCAGGACCUCAUGACCGUCAUCCUUCAGGCCGACACGGACAUCUCAGGACGGCGGUCGUGGUACGCCUGUGGCGCAGCAGUCGUAGGAAUGCCCCGCCUCGUGGGCGAGCAGGCGCCGAGCGACAUGGCUUUCGCAGUCGCCUACGGCGCAUACGUCCUGUUCAUCAUUUUCCACCUCUACUCGAAUGCUCCUCCCCAAGAAGUGUACGCCAGCGACCUCAUGCCCGUCGCUCGCCCGAUGAAUCUCACCUGCGAGGAGUCCACGCGCCUCAUACACGCUGCUCGACCUCUUCUGCGUGCGGCGGUCCCCUCCUGCGCCUGCACUGCGGAGAGCACCGACGCGGAGCGCGUGUUGGAGGCCGCUGUCAUCGUGAGCGUCCUCGAUGCCGCAGUCGUAGACUUGCGCCUGCGCUUAUCUCUACGUGAAAGGGCCCCUGCCCUCGCGGAGUACCUGUACGUCGGCCCAGGAUCGCCUCUGCUUCCUCACGAUGUCGAGCGCAUCGAAAAAGACCUCCGCAACUUCGCCCGUGGCGCCAUCCAUGGCCGGAUCACGUCGCGGAAUUGGUACGAGCGCGCUCGCACUCUGCACACCUACUUCCUCGUUCUGGAGGACUCGGUGCCGGGUCGUAGUUUUCGGGCCCCUCUCUCGCAGAUCAUCGCCCGAUUGCAGAGAGUGCUGAGGCAACUAUCGCCUGGUUUCGUUCCUCCGCGUCAUGUACGACCGAAAGGCAGAGUGGCCGACGACGACGCCGAUGCUUUGCUGGGAUUUCUGUCCGCUCUUGCUGAAACAAUCGGUGCUCGGAUAGACCAGCACGACAUGAGCGCUGCGAAAAGGAUUCAAUAUGACGCAACCCUAUAUGGCCUUUUAGACUGGAUAGUAAAGCACAGAUAUGAUUUUUUCGAGGCCGCAGUGGAAGAGUCACUAUAUGGUCGACCCGCCUCCACCUUCGUCGACUAUUAUUGA